AUGGGAACAUUUGUGAUACUAUCAUCCUCCUACACCAAGGAUCUUAAUAUCAGCUUUAUUUCUGUCAUAUCCUAUCUGGGGCUUCUUUAUCUAGGUGCCAUCUUCCUCUUUAAGUCCAUUAUCUGCAGGGGAGCUGUUGAAGUAGAUAAUGCAAACUAUGUGGUGGGCGAAGAAGAAGCAAUGUGGUUGCUAAAACUGGUUCUCCCUUACUUGAAUGAGCUCCUCCUAAAGAUGAAAGCUUUAUUUUCUGGGGAUCCUGCUACCACAAUUAAGUUGGCAGUGCUGCUCUUUGUUCUGGCCAGGUGUGGCAGCUCCAUAACCAUUUGGACGAUGUCCAAAGUGGGCUUUUUCGGAGUUUUCACCCUGCCAAAAGUCUGCUCUUUGUACUCAGCCCAGUUAACUGUUUACGCUAAAUUUUGGAUUCGACGGUUUCGGGAUGCUUGGGAAUCAUGCACUCACAAGAAGGCCUUGACCGUUGCCAUAUUUCUACUGGUUUGGAACCUGUCUUCCGUCGUGGCUCGAAUAUGGGCUGCGUUUAUAUUGGUGGUGGCCUUCCGAUACUAUCAGCAGAAAUUGGUGACGGAAGAGUGGGUGGAAGAAGAAGAAGAAGAAGAAGAAGAAUAUGAGGAUGAUGCAGGGGGUGAAGAAAAGUGGGAAGAAGCACUAGGAGCAGAAAGACUAAGACAAAGGCAUGUGCAAUCUCAAGUGGAUAAUAAUAUUACCAAACCAAAAAAGGAUUCUAGAUAA